AUGGAGAAGUUUGGCAUGAACUUUGGAGGUGGUCCGAGUAAAAAAGAUCUUCUAGAGACUAUUGAGUCGCAGAAGAAGCAGCUUCUCCAGUACCAGGUUCGGCUGAAGGAUGUCGUCAGAGCCUACAAGAGCCUGCUCAAAGAAAAGGAAGCUUUGGAAGCCAGCUUGAAAGUGCUGUCCGUGUCUCAUGAGGCUGAUAGGAGGGUCCUCCAGCUGAAGACCCAGCUGGCCACCUUGACCAGUGCUCUGUCAACGGUCACGCAGGAGAAGUCCCGCAUGGAAGCCUCCUACCAAGCAGACAAGAAGAAAAUGAAGCAGGACCUGGAUGACGCCAUUAAAAAAGCAGAAGAAGACACCGAGAAGUUGGAGACGGAGCUGAAGUGUGUCCAGGAACAGCUGGCCGAGACCAAAGCCCGUCUGAUCACGCAGCAGCACGACCGAGCCCAGGAGCAGAGUGACCACGCCGUCAUGCUGCGGGAGCUG